CAGCAACAGAACAGUGAGAGCCAGGGCAGUGGGCUACAGGCAUAUUAACAGGACAUGGCACAAAUCCAACAACCAGAACCAGCAAAGCAGGACAAGUCCAACACCGAGGCACUAACUAAAGAGAUAGACCUGGUGCAAAGGGACCCCAAGAAGAUCAACCAGGAGGUGGUGCAGGUGGACUUUGAAGAUGUGAUUGCAGAGCCCGAUGGCACUCACAGUUUUGAUGGAGUGUGGAAGGCCAGCAGCACUACCUUCACCGUGACCAAAUACUGGUGCUACCGCGUGUUCUCUGCUAUCUUUGGACUCCCUUUGGCGCUGCUCUGGGGCUUUCUCUUUGCUUGCUUGUCUUUCUGCCAUAUCUGGGCUGUGGUCCCUUGUGUGAAGAGCUAUCUAAUGGAAGUGCAGUGUCUUGGACAGUUCUACGCCCUCUGUGUUCGCACCUUCUGUGACCCAAUAUUUGAGGCCAUAGGAAAGGUCCUGAGUGGAAUCAAAGUAUCACUGAGAAAAGAAGCCUGAAAAUCUACACUUGUCCCUCUUUCUUCUAUGGAACACCCAGCCAACUCCCUCCAUAUCUUUCAGAGCAGCCAGUGGUCUCAUUGCUCUGCAGUGAGCUACAGCGCUCUCUAAAACCAUAUAUUUUCCUUAUACUUAUGGGCUACAGGCAUCCUACACUGUGGAAAAAUUAUUCCCAAUCCAAGUAGGGUUAAAGGAGACAUUAACAAAAAAUUCUCAGGCAAACAUGGUUAUAAACACAUUUUUAUUAGCGUUGCUUUAUAAGCACAAAUAGCUGGACUUGAAUGGGAACCAGAGCAGGGCGUAAGAAUACUUUUCUGGUACUCAAACACAAUGAGGAGAUAUGGAGCAGGAAACCCAUCUAUGGCUCUCCAACUGCUGUCAUGCAACAUCUUCCAUAUUUUAGCAGCUUCAAAGCCUUCUGGGAAUUUUAAGUCUGUAACAGCUGGAGAGGCACAGGUUGUGUAUUCCUGAGUUAGAGAUUCCAAAAGUGCAAUGAACGGGCCAGAGUAGUAAUGUACUUCUUAGAAUCCUCACGUGGGCAGCCUUUAUUUAAAGCAGCCAGAUUUUAAUUCCGCCCCCUCCAUACUUUUAAAAAAAAAACAGACUGACACAGUUUUCAAGAUCAGUGAAAAAUAACAACAAAUGAUUGAAAUAUAAGGCUCUUCUCCUCUGUCACACACACAGAAUAACUUAUGUACAUAUGCUGAGUGCCAUGAUGACACUUCAAGCAAAGGAUUGUGGAUUUCCUGGUGAGUAGGUCACUCAGUGACCAGGUCCAGGCUGGGCACAAUAAAGAACUGACAGGGUACACAGGACUGAAGAGGAUGGGACUGGGCCAGCAGACACACAGCAGUCUUGUUACAAAGUCUUGGAGUCCAAGGAAAGUGGACAAACUAAAUAAAAAUUGGGCUUCAUCUUUUGUGCCAUUCACAUUGGGAACAUCUGUUAACCCAUAAGCUGCCUCAAAACCCUUGAUCCCUGUGACAAUGGGGUAAAUAAAAAAAAAGCUGUUUACCUUG